UGUAUAUAGGAACGAAACCAUUAUCCAUCACUCUUACAUCUCUCUCUUUUUUCUAUUUAAAGUGUUGAAGAACAAGUGAGAAACAAACAUCCAUCAAUGGUUAUAGAGCAGAAUCAGAGGAUGAUGAAGAAUGAAUCAAACGGUGAGAAAUCAAAGGCUCUGAUGACUCGUGACUUGCUUGGUGGAUCCUCCAUUGAAUCCCAGGAAUUGGACCUUGACAUGCGUGUACCCUCAGGCUGGGAGAAGCGCUUGGACCUUCAGUCAGGGAAAUUGUACAUUCAGAGGCACAACUCAUUAGCUUCACCUGUGUCUGAACACAAAUGUCAACAGAAUCAAGCAGGUCCACAACUUAAAGACCUAAAAUUCACUCCUCCUUCAUCAAAAAUUCCCUUGAACCUUUUUUAUGACACAAGCUUGGAUUUGAAGCUGGUUUCAUAUUCAUUGCCCUUAUCAAACAAUUAUGAAAGCGUGUGCACUCUCGACAAGGUGAAAUCAGCACUUGAAAGAGCAGAGAAAGAGCCGGCAAUUUUAAGGAAGAGGGCAUCAUCAUCAUCAUAUUUGUCAUCAUCACCAUCUGCUUCAUUUUCCUCUUCAUCCUCUUCAAUAAUAACCCAAGAAGAAGAAGAAUGUGAAGUGAAGAUCUUGGCUUCACCGGUUGCUACAGGGUGUCCUGGUUGCUUAACUUAUGUGUUGGUAACGAAGAACAAUCCCAAGUGUCCAAGGUGCAACACUAAUGUUCCUUUUCGUUUGAUGAAGAAACCAAGACUUGAUCUUAAUUUGUCAAUUUGAAAUUUUGAUGUCAAUUAGUAGUACUCCAUUUUGUAAAUUGAAUGAUGUGUAAAUUUAGGCUGUUUAAGAAUAGGGUGGAUCGCUUGAUAACCAACUUUAUUACGCAAUUGGAAAUUUACUGUCGGAAA